AUGUCUUCUACAGAGAAACGGCUGUUGAAGGAGUACCGUGCGGUCCAGAAAGAGCUGGCCGACGCAGAUGCGUCCAUCAAGUCCACUGGCGUGGUAGCUCUCCAACCAUCAGAAGAAAGUAUGUUCAAAUGGAACGCCGUGAUUAAGGGCCCGGACCAGACUCCGUUUGCCGACACUCUAUGGCGGUUGGAAAUCCAGGUCCCCACGAACUACCCGUUGGAGCCGCCGGGGAUCAAGUUCGUGGUGCUCAACGACACAAAAUUGCGCACCUCAAAAGUGUCGGGAGACUCCAAAAUCUGCUACAAGAUGCCCCACCCAAACAUCAACUUCAAGACAGGCGAAAUCUGCCUGGACAUCCUACAGAAAAAAUGGUCGCCCGCAUGGACGUUACAAAGCGCGCUGGUGGCUAUUGUCGUUCUGCUGGCCAAUCCGGAACCUCUAAGUCCACUGAACAUCGAUAUGGCCAACCUGCUGAAGUGCAACGACACAACCGCUUAUAACCAACUGGUGCGCUAUUACACGGAAAAAUACUCGAGAUACGAGUCGCUGGAUGUAUAA